CUGCAGGAUAAAAUUCAAGCCAUUAUCGACUACCCCGAGCCUCAUUCUUUCAAACAGCUCAGGCGUUUUGAUGGCCUUGUCAACUUUUACCGUCGAUUUAUACCCAACUGCGCCUCUCUGAUGCAACCCCUCACGGACCUUCUCCGAGGGAAACUCAAGACGUUCGAAUUUCCUACCGCAGCACGCGCUGCUUUUAAGUCGCUGAAAGAGGCUAUCGCCAACAUAGCUUCCAUAGCGCAUCACGAUCCGACCGCCCCACUGUCCCUUAGUACUGACGCCUCGGACGUCGCAGUCGGCGCUGUUUUGCAGCAACGCGUAGCCGACACGUGGCAGCCCUUAGCGUUUUUCUCCAAACGCCUACAACCUACCGAAUCUCGCUACAGCACGUUCGGUAGGGAACUACUAGCCGUAUAUCUAGCGAUACGUCACUUUCGACACAUCCUAGAAGGCCGCUCCUUUGUCGUCUUCACCGACCACAAACCCCUGACUUACGUGCUCGGCUCGACUACCGACCGAUACUCUCCUAGAGAGUCGCGCCACCUUGACUAUAUCGCUCAGUUUACGACCGAUAUACGGCAUGUCUCAGGUGUGCACAACGCCGUCGCCGAUGCACUUUCCCGCAUUCAAGCUAUCUCCGCUGACGCCGGCACUGCUAUCGACUUGGCAGCCAUGGCCACAGCGCAACUCAACGACCCUGAGGUUGAUCUACUACGCAGGUCUCCCUCAUUGGACAUACGACCCGUUCCGCUGACAUCAUCAGACGGCACCAUACUCUGCGAUCUAUCUCUGGGCACGCCGCGCCCAGUCGUCCCACGUGAGUUUCGGCAGACCGUGUUCGACGCGUUGCACGGCUUGUCUCAUCCAGGCGUUCGUGCAUCGGUUAAACUCGUAACCGCACGAUUCGUUUGGCGCAAUGUUAAUCGGGACGUCCGUACCUGGGCAGCUGCUUGCCUUCCGUGUCAACGCGCGAAGGUGCACAAGCACACGAGAAGCCCAUUAGGCACUUUUCCGACGCCAGACGCACGCUUUCAUCACGUGCACGUCGACCUCGUAGGUCCUCUACCGCCUUCCAAAGGCUCUGUAUAUCUACUGACCUGCAUCGAUCGAUUUACUAGAUGGCCUGAGGCCGUCCCCAUCCCAAAUUGCUCCUCGGAAACAGUAGCGAAAGCUUUUAUGGAGCGCUGGGUAGCUCAAUACGGCUGUCCCGCCAUCGUGACCACCGAUCGAGGGUCACAUUUCUCGUCGACAUUUGCCACGUUGCUUAAGGAUUUAGGCUGUCGCCACGUCCAGACGACGGCGUAUCAUCCGGCCGCUAACGGCAUGGUGGAGCGUUUUCACCGCCAGUUGAAGGCAGCGCUACGUGCGCACGCAGAUCCUUCAUGGUCUGAAACGCUUCCCCUCGUUCUCCUAGGCUUAAGAAACACGGUUAAGACCGAUUUCGACGCCACACCAGCGCAGCUAGUCUACGGUUGCACGCUGCGGUUGCCCGGACAGCUGGUAGCACCAGCCCCAUGUACUUCCACUUUUGACUACGGAAGUUACACUGAUCGAUUGGCUCACCAGAUGCGUGAGCUACGUCCACCCGCUCCUCGAUCGCAGAAGACACCAGUGUACGUGCCCGAGAAGCUGUCUACUUGUUCACACGUCCUUCUUCGCGCAGACGGUGUUCGACAGCCUCUUCAGUCGCCGUACAUAGGACCCUUCAAGGUGCUGCAUCGUGCGAGUAAGGCGUACACUAUUGACCGCGGUGGUCGACACGAAGUCGUCACCAUCGACCGUCUGAAACCCGCCUUUAUGGAAGAAACUACCUCGCCUACUUCGUCUAGUAGUGCCUCGUGCGACGUCACAACUCACCGUACCAAUUUUCCGCAUGCUAAUGAAGUCCAACCAGACCACGAUCACGGUCUGCAAGCUUCAGCAGUCCCGACAUCACCCGAACCUAGUCCGCCGCCUCCCACGACCAAUCGCCGUGGUCGGGAGGUACGUAAGCCCGUUCGCUUCUCCGACUAUGUACAGUGUAAAUACUUUUAACUUUGUAGAUAUUGUAUAUAUUUGCCUCAUUUUUGGUCGAUUAACGUUUUGAAAACAAACAAAAAUAUCAAAAACCCCCGAAAAACCUUUUUCGAAAAAAAUAUUCAAAAACCAAAAAAUAUUUAAACACGCAGCUCAUUCGUUUGUUCUUUUUGGCGUUUUCUGCGCGUGUUUUUCUAUUUUCUCGUCUUUACAUGCUCCAACCCUCCCCUUCGAUCGACUGGCCCACACGAGGAAUUUUUUCGAGGACCCUGACGCGAACACUGGUCGCUUCUCCGCGGGACGAGGAUCGCUUCUUCGCGGGACGAGGAUCGCUUCUCCGCGAGACGAGGGUCGCUUCUCCGCGAGACGAGGGUCGCUUCUCCGUGGGACCAUGGUCGUUUUCUUCGUGGGACGAGGGUCGUUUUGGCGCGGGGCGGGGUGCGGCGGGGGGAGAGACCACUCCCAAGCGCACCGUUUGGCAGCAGCGGAGGUUGAGCUCCUGUCGGCCUUUUUCUGGGCUAGCCAGUUUUUUUGUAGUCCGACAAGCCCGCUCCAACGGCUCGCCGAAAUGCACCCUGCCCUGCAUUCAAUAAAUAACAAAUCAUAAACGGCACAGCGGACUCCGACUUCCGACGAACCCCCAUUUACACGAACGCACGCCCAUUUUUACUCGGCACGAUUUCGCCUUACGAACCUGGUUUCAACAUUCCUUUUCGAUUUCGAAGGCUUUCUAUGUUCAGCCUUCUAGGGGGGGAGCUCUGUAGCGCCCAAAAAGAUAACUCUUAUCUUUCGUGUACAAUUUACUUGUUGACCGAUUGUACAUUACUCCUUCUUGUUUUAAUCUUACAACCGGCUCGACACACAACUGCCUUGUAAGUCCCCGCGCUCACGUGUACGCUCUUGCCUCGCUUCAUCCGUCCGCUUCUUGUUGUAGCCCAUCGAAUACAGUCCGCUGUGUCCGACUCC